UAUGAAGUUCCUAGCUUUUUCCUUCCUGUUGUUCUUCCCUUUUGCAAUUACUCUUGCUCUAGCUCUAAACUCUGAAGAAACGUCUGUCAAAACAAAAAAGAUCAACAAACAUGCUGUAUUAACUAUCAAGGGUUCAUAUGGAGAUCUUAUUGAUUGUAUUGAUAAAAGAGAACAACCGGCUUUGAGAGGCCACAAAAUUCAGAGAAUGCGUAAACAAUUGUCAAAAGUAGAGAAAGAGCAGUCAGAGGGUAGGAUUAACAAAGCAUCUCAAAUUUGGUCGGGAAACGAGACUAUUUGUCCCAAGGGUACUGUUCCCAUUCGACGAAUCACAUCUGCCAAUACUACUACAACUGAAAAUUCUACAUCUAAUUUCGAAGGGAAACAACACUCUUUCUAUCGUCAACUUCGUUUUACUGGAGAGCAUGCGUUUGCAGUAGCUAUUUACGAUGCACCAGAAGGGAUAUACGGGGGAGCAGCAAUUUUAAACUUAUGGAAGCCAUCGGUCGAGAUGGGAGCUAGAGGCAGAGAGUAUAGUAGCGCCCAGAUUCGAAUCAAAGCAGAAAAUGCAAAUAACGAAUUUGAUGUUAUUGAAGCUGGAUGGCAUGUCUUUCCAUGGUAUUACACUGCGGAGGACGAUGACGUAGAAGAUGAUAAAGCAAGAUUUUUUAUUUCCUGGACGAAUGAUUCGUAUUCAAGGGCAUGCUACAAUAUGGAUUGUGAUGGAUUUGUGAUGCAAAGUAAUGAUGUAGAAUUUGGAAGUGCAUUUGAGUUAACAUCAACAUAUGACGGUGAACAAGAAGAUAUCUCUGUCGCAAUAUGGAAGGAUUCCCAAUCAAGAAGGUGGUGGUUGAAGUAUAAUGAUAUAGUGGUAGGUUAUUGGCCAGAAGAGUUGUUUACUCACUUAAGAACAAGAGGCACCAGGGUAGACUGGGGUGGUGAGGUGUUCAACACCAAACAGAACAACAGAUUCACAUCAACAGAAAUGGGUUCUGGUCACCUUGCGAACCAGGGAUAUGGGAAAGCAAGUUAUUUCAAACACCUAGGAGUUGAAACUUCAGGUACUGGACAUCAUUGGAUUUCACCCCAUAGCGUUAGAGGAUUCGUGAGCGACCCCAAUUACUACACCAUUCAACCUCAUGCUGACAUUGAUGGCUUGGGCAAUGGCGGCUUCUUCUUUGGAGGUCCAGGCAACAGGAAUCCUUCAUGAAAAUUGAUCUUUAAUAAUAAAAAAUAGAAAAAAAACAUUGCCAAUAAAGUUUCGUAAGGAAGAAUAAUGAAUGUGAGGACUCUAUUUUAUAUCUGGAUUAAUAUGGAGGUCUCACUGUACUACUAGCUGGUCAGCUAGAGGUAUAUGAAGAAAACAAAUAAGGGUUAUUUUCCAUGCCAGUUGAAACUUCAAUCUCAAUUGCUUGAUUGUUUCUCUUUGUCGUUUAUUUAAAUAAAAUAUAUAAGUUUGGACAUUGUAUAUAUCAAUAUGCAAUGACGUGACAUGUUUCAGGGAAUUAUUCCUAAGCAUCAUGAGAUAUGCUUUUGAGAAGUUUAAAGUAAACAAGGAAUU